CACCUUCUUUUAUUUUUGCCCCUUAUUCUCCUUCUCACUUUAUCAUCACUCACUCUUUCUCUCUCUCUGCGCGCCAACCAACCCUCUCUCUUCUUGUUGAUGUGAUUCUCCACUAUAUUUUGAAGAACCCCAUCAACCUUUACAAAAGCAAAGGAUCAAGAACCAUGGUUUUUUCCUCCAUUCCAGCUUAUCUUGAUCCAUCCAACUGGCAACAGCAGCAACCAAACCCUCAAACUGCAGGGACGUCUAGCAGUGGAAAUCCUCAUCUUCCACUUCCGCCACAGCCGCCGCCACCGCUGCCUCAGCCUCAUGUGGCCGGCGUCACGGGCUCAAUCCGACCUGGUUCGAUGGCUGAUCGAGCCCGGCUCGCCAACAUCCCCAUGCCAGAGGCUGCCCUCAAAUGCCCUAGAUGCGAUUCCUCAAACACCAAGUUCUGCUACUUCAAUAACUACAGCCUCUCGCAGCCCCGCCACUUCUGCAAGGCCUGCCGGCGGUACUGGACCAGAGGCGGUGCUCUCAGAAACGUCCCAGUCGGAGGCGGCUGCCGGAGAAACAAGAGGAGCAAGGGCAGCAGCUCUAAAUCUCCAGUUAGCAGUGACCGGCAAACUAGCAGCGGCUCCGCAAGUGCAGCUUCCUCUACUAGUACUGGAACCGCCAGUAUUUUAGGCCUCACGCCACAAAUUCCACCGUUGCGCUUCAUGGCCCCUCUAAGCCAGCUCUCUGAUUAUGGUGCCGGCGAGAUCAGCUUGGGUUACAGCGGCGUUUCAGCGCCUUUGGCGGCGAUUACAAGUGACAUGAAUUUCCAGCUAGGAAGCAUGUCACUUGGUGGAGGUGUUGGUGGUGCUUAUAUGCCGGCGGCCGGCGGCUUCGACCAGUGGCGACUACAACCGACCCAGAUCUCUUCGCUAGCAGCCGGAUUGGAUUUGCCAUCUGGGUUAUAUCCAUUUCAAAGCGGCCUAGAGCCCUUAUCCGGCGCCUACGGUGGUGAAGGCAGCCAAAUCAGGCCGAAACAGACAGCAUCGGGGAUCGGUCAACCGGCUAAUUCAGUGAAAAUGGAAGACAAUCAGCAAGAUGUGAAUUUGUCAAGGCAAUUCCUAGGACUCCCUGGAAAUGAUCAGUAUUGGAGUACUGCUGGUUCUGGAUGGAAUAUUAAUGACCUUUCUGGAUUUAGCUCUUCUUCAACUACCAAUCCCUUGUGAUUAAUUAAGCUCUCCAUCUGGUAGUGUGACCUUAAUUUAAAUUGCCAUAGUGAAUCUUAGUAACCCCCCCCCCCCCCCCCCCCCCAACCAAAGCUUCAAGGGUAUUGGAGAUAGUUUUAUUUGCAAAACAUGGUUCCAGUCCAAAUCUUAUAGUGGCAAAAAUGGAGGAAGACUGAUGGUGGAGUGAGAGCUUGUGAUCACUCUAAUAUUGCCUACAAACCCUAGAAAUCAAUAUUAGCUAAUGCUUUGUUUUGUUUCGUUUAAUUUUGUUUUGUUUCAUGCUUGAACAUGUUUACAAAGAUGAAUUAAUGUAUGAGGUGUUGUAGCUUUUAUAUUGGA